GUUGGAGCUUCCGACAGCAAGGUGGUUCUGGCCACGCAGCUCUCGUCGGACCGACUCCCCCGACUUGCCCGGCUGGCGGCACAUUGGGGCGGCCAUGUCAUUGCAGCAGUUCUCUGCACGGGACCCGAAGGCCGCGCUGUGGACCCGUCCCGGGCCUCGCGGGGAUCGGCUUGGCGCAAACAGUGCGAGGAUCUUUGCACAGCCACGGAGGCCCUCUACCCGAGCGUUCGCCUGGAGCUGUUGCUUUUGGAGUGGAUCUCCGACGAAGAGGCAUUUUAUCCCGUCAACGCUCUUCGGAACUUCGCACUCUCGCUUGCGAAGCACUUCGAAUUCGUCCUCCAGCUGGACGUGGAUUUCCUGCCUUCAAGAAACCUCAGGCAGCUGCUGGAGAGCGAGGUGGCCGCUCUCUGCCUCCUCCCGCCCGCGCAGCUCCAGGGGCCGACGAUGGUGGCAGUGAUUGUGCCAGCACUUGAGCCGCUGGAGCACACUGAG